AUGAACUUUGGUGUUAGUGAUAACAGUAAUGUUGACCAAUUUAUGCAAUUUGUUGAAAAGCUAAGCCACCCGCUGGAAGAAAUUAGGUGCCGCACAUUGGCUAAUAUCCACUCCAAGUUAGACAGGGGCUUAUUACCUUCAGACAGAGAAUGCUUAUCCAAGCUGGUGAAAUCUCUUCUACUUUCCUUACAGAAAGAUCCAUCAUUCGAGACCAAUCGCAUUUUCAUAGUAUUGAAGAGUCUGCUUGCAAAUUCCGAAGUGAAAUCGUUUGUCGUGUUAGCUGGUGGACUGUCUCUUCUUACAAAGAUGCGUAAUUCUCCAAUCAAUGAUGAGCUAAAAAAGCAUAUUGACGAUAUUUGCGCCAUGAUCACUGAAAAUCCCUCCAUCAAUGAGGCACACGAUGUGUCGCUAAGCAAUGCUCACAAAGGAGUGGAUGCAUCAAGUUAUUUCAAUUGCUGUGGUUCGGCUUCUGUGACUCUUACUUCCUCUUAUUCUUCUCAGACCCGUAAGGUCUCAUUUAAUCUAUCUGCUACACGAGGAAAUAGCAGUACUUCUGAUGGUAGUCGCUUCUCAUCCUGCUAUUCAUCCGAUUUCUUCCAUCAAAACUACUUUUUGUAUUUCCCCACAAUUACGCUUACAAAGGCUGAUGUUGGUGUCCUACGAACAACUCUAAAGUCUGUUUGUUCAAAAGAAUGCAGCGUGUGCCUUUCAGGUAUCCACUUUUUGCGUGAUGUUGUGCUCAAAGAUUUUCCAGCUGAAUUAUUUCUCCAAAGAACUGAGUUUAUUACAAAUCUUUUCCGGAUUUUGAAUGGAAAUAAUUUGGAGCUCAUUUACGCAACCACCAGCUUUUUGAUCAAAUUUUGUCAUGCUCUUAUUGAGAGAGUUUAUUAUCAUUUGGACCCAAAUAAUUACAAGUUUUCGACCACGCAUAGUGGCGAUCCCUUGACACCUCGUGGCCCUUCAGAAACACUAUCUUUGAGUGAAACUGAUCAAACUGGCUUUACUUUUUGUGAUUCAAUGCAACAGAAUGGAAGUGUUUCGGCUACAAUAAAAACAAACGUUUUAAAUUCCGACGAAGAUGUACGAAGACAAUCUUACUCAUUAGUGGAAUUUUGUUUUCAAUUAUUCAGUACAAUAACUAGUAGCUUGUUGACGGUUUUUGAAUAUCAUAAUCAAGAUACAGAACAAGAAAGAUCUUACCUAUCAAAAAGUAAUAUAAGCCAUAACUGUGAUUGGAAGUAUAAGAUGGAGUCUGAAAUUUUACUUCUUCUAGAUGUUGGAAUCAGUUUGUUACUAACUAGUUUGUCACCUCAUCGUCGUACUCAUCCGAUUUUAGAAGUUUCUCAAAAUAAUCAGAUCAGUGAUCUGACGUCAUUUACUAACUUUGUAUUCCUAGUCUCUCCACCCACUACUGAUCUCAUUAAAUCUUCUGAUUUGCCAUCUGAUUUCUAUGCGUGUAUGCAACAAUUCGGUUCAGUCUUAUCACUCUAUUCAACUAGUCACAGACAUUACAGUACAAAAUUAUCGGAAUCCCAUCUUAGCUGGAAUACCUCUGAAAUGGUUGACUAUAUUGCAAAGGCUCAGUUACCCUGUGAAUGCCAACGACAAACUUAUAUUGGUCUGAUUACUGAAACAUUCCGUUUGAUAAGUUCUUUAUUUACUCCAGAAACGGCUUUAGCUGUUCUACCCGUUGAAGUGAAAACACAAUUAUCAAUUAGUUUACUGGAUGUAUCAGUAUUAAUUGAAUCAGAAGUUAAAAAUGACUCACGAAAAUAUGGAUUACCAGCUUACAUAGCCAUGUUCAAUUCUACAAUUUACUCAUCUUGGUUACUUUUUCACCAACUUAGAUUAUCCAUGUUCAGUUUAAUCGAUUUUUUAGAUAACAGUGAAAAUUUUCUUUUAUCAAAUACAACGAAUGAACAGAUAAAUGAAACCAAUUUAAAUUUGGCUAUGAAUGCUGUCAACUCACUUGAUAUCACUGGAUCAACACGUUUCGCCUCCAAUUAUGUACAAUUUCUUAGUCGAUUCUAUGUUACUCAUCAGAACAUUUCAGCAACAGUUUUAUGGCAUGGUCAACUUGUCCUUCUUCAAAUGCUUAGCCAUGAAAUGGUAGCUGUUCGUAAGGCAACUUAUUCUGAGUUACUGAAAUUAUUGAAAAUUGCUGUUAACCCUAAUUUUGCUGCUGAUCCGUCAUCUUCACUUGAAACUGUAAAUUUUCUAAUCGAAGAAGAAAUUUUAUGUGAAUGGAUUAAUUUUGGUUUAAAAGAUGAAAAUUCGGAGGUUUCUUCUUUAGCCUGUGAAGGAUUAUCUUUAUUAUUAAAUUCAUAUGAAUAUAUUAGUGAUUCUGGAUGGAAAAAGUUACGUCGUUUAUUGAUUGAACCAACUUCACCAAGUCCAUCUAUAAAGGUAUCCAGACCACUGACUAUAUCAUUGGGUCCAUUUGCUUUUAAAAAUCCGCAAACAUCAAGUUCAGAUACUAAUACACUGGGUAGUAUUAUAUUAGACUGGUGUUUGGGUCGUAUGAGUUCAGUGGGUAAACAGAAUUUAGAGGAACAAAAUUUAGAUAAACACAGUUUAAUGCAUAUUUUAACAUCAUCUUGUCGGCUACUAUUACAUCCUAUUGAUGCAGUACGCUUUGAAGCUGCUAGUACUAUUAAUUGGUGUUUACUAUUUCGAUGGAAAAAUCUUCUGCCUUGUAGACCGAAUUCUACUACAUUAACUGAACAUCAAAUAGACGAAAUGUCCUCGAAUUCUAGUAACUGCCGUAUAGUGACUGGAAUCAGUGAUCAAAUCGAUGUCAGUGAAUCAGAUCGUAAAAAUAUCUGUAAAACAAGUACACCACUUCUUUGUUGUAAUUCUACUUCAUGUGCUGAACGAUUACAAAAUCAAUUAGUGUCACAAUUCAAUAAUAAACCACCAUCACUUAUACUUAAUCGAGAACAGGUGACAUCAAUGAAUUUUGCAAAUGAUUCACUAGAGCCUAUUGAAUAUUUAAUUCAAAUGAUGAAAAUUUUAACAGAUGAUCAAGGAAGUGUAAAUGCAAGAAAAGCUGCUGCUGAACAAGUGAUAAUAUUUAUUCGCCGUCCUGCAUUAUUAUCUGCUUGGCGUAUACAACAUGGACCAGAAUUUAUAGUGAAUUGGAUUACUAAUACUGUAAACGAUAUGGUGUUGUCAAUGAAAUCAACUCAAUCACAGGAUCUUUUUAAUCCAUUGAUAAAUCCAAACUCACCUGUUGCUGUAUUAACGCCUUUAGUGGUACAAAUAGCUUGUUUAGCUGCUAUCUGGGAUACAUCAACACGAAUUAUCUUCUCUUGGGAACCAGAUUUCUUGAGUAAUAUUAUUUACUUACUCAUUGUUUUUCCUGGACCAAAGAAUUUCCAGCGUGAUCUUAUAGAUCUAAUCACUCUAAUUGCAUUCACUGCUGUUAUUCAAGUUUCGAACGAGAGUCCCGUUUGUUUACCGCAAGAAGUUGUUGCUGGCUAUCUGUUACCUUUUACAUGUCCAACUUAUUCAUUUAAUUCUCAAUGGCGUGGUUCAAAUAGUGAAGAGUUAGUGAGUCCUUUCCGAUCACUUUCUAAACUAGCUAAUUGUACAAAUGAAGAUGAGAAUACACAAAUAUUGCGUUGUUUAGUGAAACGUAAUUUUCGUUAUCUAUGGGCUUUUGCAUGCCAUAAAGGUGUAUCAAACUUGAUUUCUCAUACAUUAUCUAUGAUUGGUGCUAUUCCCGAUCCAAAUUUAGUCAAUCCAUCUAAUUUAGAUAUAUGCCUAAAACGAGCUCGUGAAUAUAGUCCUCUCCUCAAUCAAUUCUCUUUAUCCUGUUUGGAUAUCACCCUUCUACUUGUCAGUCAUCCAACCUCAAGUUUUCUGCUUAGUCUGGCGUGUAUUCGACAGGCCACUAACCAUUCCUACUUAUUGAAAUCGUUAGGGCUACUCUAUCGAUCUUUAUCAGCUCAUAAAAUACAAUAUUACCAUUAUCCAAUUUGUAAUAGUAUGUUAUACGCAAAUGAUACACAAAUGGAUACAUGUAAAGUCUCAUGGUGGAUUUAUGCAAAAUUGAAUCGAUUUAUGACCACAUUACCGUCUUGUUCAGCGGAUUACAAUCUCUUAGCUUCAGUGUUGUGUACUAUUCAUGAAGUCGGCUUCCAUUUAAUGCCGUCUAGUCUAAAUUACUUCUCUCACUCGUCCAAAGAAUAUCUAUGCAAUUGGAUAAUGUCACUUAUCGGAGAUACACAGGGUCCGUUAAGUUAUUGUCUACUACAACCGAAAGCAGGAAUCGGUGAAACAGACAGUUCACGUUUAAUAUCUGCGAAAAAGUAUUUGACUUACCAUUGCCUGCCGUAUCUACUAAAUGAUCUUUUCGAUUCGUUCGAUAAAUUACACAAUAUGACAGAAAAUAGUUCAACUGAUGUAUUUACGAAAUAUGUUGAAUCAAAUAUGGCUGAUCUUAAAGUAUACGAAGUUUGUUUUCAAUGGGCGUGUAACACUUUGGAAGAAUUUGUCAGUUCUCCAUUCUCUGACUUGGUUCGUUUAAAUCGUUUAGUUGGUAUACUGGCUCGACUAACAUCAAUUAAAUUUACCGAAAUUGUUCGUGUUCUCUAUGAUGAUGGAUUAAUGGAACGUAUACUUAAUCCCGUAUCAAAAAUUCUGACGACAUUUAUUCAACGUCGUAAUCAUUUGGCGAAUAAUUCAUUUAUGGGAUCUUCGACUAUUGUGUUACUUUUAAUGACAAUGAAUAAUUUAAUUCAUAAUCUGUCUGCUCAAUCAUUUCUACGACAGUUAGAUUUAAAUGAUGUCUUAUCAAAUAAUAUGGAAUACUUCCAUAAAUAUAUUGCUUGGAUUGAUGAAGAAUGGCUUUUACAAAGUUUAACUUAUCGUCACACUGAGAUUCGUGCACUGGCGUUAUCUAUUCUUAGCCGCGUUUGUCUAGUCCCUGUUUGGCUUCAUCGUUUAUUAACUCGUAGUGUUUCUACUGAAACGCGUACACGGCUAUUUAGUCACUCUUUAAUGUGGUCUUCUCCUGGUUCCAUUUGGGAAUUGGGUUUCCAUUUCUUAAUGGAUCCUAAUGAAACAUGUUGGGUCCGUGCAAUGGCUUCACAUUUACUUAUUAAUUUAACACUCUUACCAAUGAAUCCGAAAGAUUCAGUUUUGUGUUUUCCUCCUUCUAUCAAUGAAUUGACAUCCAAUAACUCAGAAGAAACAAGACAGAUUAAUUCAAUUGAUGCAAGUGAACUUUUACCUGUUACAACGGCAGCAACUACUGUAAGAAGACUAACAGCACCGAAUAAUAUUCUACAUUCUGAUGUAGUUACUAUGAAUCUUCAAGAGAUUCUCAAUUCAAAUCAAUUUUCUCAACAGUUAAAAGAUAACAUCACUCAUCUUAUUGAUGUUUUGAAACCUUGGACUGACGAACUGUUUACUGAAGAAAAUGUAAUAAUUGGUAUCGAUCAGCAACUGCAGUCCAUACCUGUACUUAGGUCAGAACCACCAAAGAAUAUUACUAUGCCUGUUUAUGUAGACAGUGAUACAAAUCUAUACCUGAUUGGCCUACCUGCGCUUUACCAAUUACUAGUAUCGAAAGCUUUUUUCAAAUAUCUCUAUCGUUUAAUUAUAUCUCAUAUGCCUCAAACAAUGUUCACUUUAUCUCAAUGGCAUCGAAUUGCUUUUCAGUCAUAUAAUAAAACUGAACAGACUGUAACUGCUACCAGCUUAACUGAUACACAAUCUUUCCCAAAGAUAACAACACCUCAUACUACACCGAGAGAAGUAUCCACAACUACGACAACAUCCACAAAUACAAACCAUUUCACUGAUUCUACUUUAAGCGGAACAAAUAAUACUACUUCAUCGGAGUGCUAUUCAUCUCAUAUUUGCACUCCACUGCUUUUAAGCUCAGUUAUUCAUCUGUUAGUGAACUUGAUGCAUCAUUUACCGAAAUUCAUUUUAUCCGAAUUAAAAUUACAACGUAUCAGUUCAUUAUUAAUGAAUAUAAUUGAUCCAAAUUUAUUAGAAGCUAUUAUUCAACAAACUCAUGCAUUGACUGGCGUUGAAACUAACCAUAUUUAUACAAAAAGAUCUGUUGAUUGUAAUGCAAAAACUAUGCUAAAUUCAAAAAAUUCAUAUAAAGAAUUAAUUCAAUGUUAUACUAACUGCAUACAUGUUUUACGCUGUCAAACAGCAAUGAAUGAAGAAACUCGUAUGAAUUUAAUGUCUGAUGCUUUAUUUUUAACACGUAUCAUUAAAAUUUUAACUAUUCCAAUAAGUUAUAUUGAUGUAAUGGCUUCUUUAUGGCAAGAGAUUUUCUUACUAUUAACGUGUCUGCUAAUACAUUCCAACGAUGACAACUCAAAAAGCUUGAAUCUACGCUUAAUUCUAAAGCCAUUAGCCAAUGUUCUUCCACAAUUUUUGGACAUUAUUCUUGCAUUUAUUGACAAAGCUGAAUUAGAAGUGUCUAGAGAAUGUAAAGAUCGUCAGUCUACAAAAUUUUGUGUACAUGCUCGUAUAGGUUUGCAGUUAUUAACUGUGAUCAUGUCAAAUCAGCGACCAGUUUCUUUAAAUCCAGUUGUUAAUUGUUUAGAAAGUGAAACAUUAAAUAAUUCAAAGUAUUCAAGUGCAGAUAAAUCUAUACCUGGUAUUGUUUAUUUGACUCGGCGUUUAGUAAAAUUAUCAAAUUCCUAUCAAUGUCUCCCAUCAUUAUUUUCUUCAUUGGAUGGAGUAUCACCGAGAAUGCCAAAUCAUAGUUCUAUGACAGUCAUUAUCAAUUAUAGAAAAGCAAUUGAUAAUGCGCUACGAACACUUAUUGGAAUAUGUCAUGCAUUUAAAAUUACUGUUGUUGAAGAUGGUUUUAUAGAAGAGUCAAUUGCAAAACUACAGCUUCUUUGUGCUAAAAUGGAAUUAUGCUGUAGUAAUGUCAGUAUACUUCCUGAAUCUGAAAAAUUAAGUUCUUGUGAUUCAAGACGUUCUUUGUCGUCUAGAGGAUCAUUAUCAAUUGAUCAAAAAUGUGAACGCCGUCAACAAACACUAUCUACUUGGCUUAAGCUUUCAGAUGAAAUGAUUGCCAAUAUAGAAAUUUUGCAUAAUCUCGUGUACAUGUGUCCGGAAGCUAGAAUGCGUGCCAUUGAAUCAGGAAUUAUUCAGUUAAUAAUAUGUAUUUGGUCUUUGGCUUUACAAGACACACGAAUUCUACAUGCCUUACUUGGUUUACUAACAAAUUUAACUGCUGAUUGUCCACAAGCAUCGUCUAUUUUGGUUAAUCCUCCUAACUCAAUGAAAAUCAUACCAAAUAUACUUCCCCUGUCCAGUGAAAAUUCUAGUUCUAGAAGCAAUAUUCAAACGAAUAGGUCUAAAUCUGAUGCUCCUAUUUUAAUUUUCAAUUCAUCGAAUUCUGUAAUGACAAAUAAUUCAUUCAUCCAGUCAUUGUGUAAUUUAAUUCCAAUGUAUAGUAACUUAAUAUUAACUGAAUCAAAUAAUGCAUGGAAUGCCAAUACGAUGGGAACAAAUGUUUGCGGUAAACCAGUUGGCAGUACACAACAAGAAAUCACAUGGAAAUUAGUUUUUCAUUUAUUAGCUAAUAUGGUUUGGGCUGCUGAAACACGAUCUUCUCUACUCAAGUCGAAACUUCUUAAUCAAAUAUCAGGAUUUAGUCCGCGUGUUAUGGUUAAAACGCGUCGUGAUCAUUUUAUGCUUACUCUUUGGCUAGAAUUUUUAGUUAACUUAUCAUUUUCCAGAGAUGGUCAGCAAAUGCUGUUAUGUCAAUCGAAUUUACCAUCGAUUCUAGUUAGUUGUGUUACUCAUUGCAAACCUGGUAAUCGAGAUAUGGCACUGAUAAUCUUAAGAAAUUUAUGCACAAAUAAUACAUUGAAAUCAAGACUACUAACUGGAAACUUAGAUGUUCUUGGCUGUUUUCGUGACAUACUACUCGAUGCGAAUUUGGAUUCGAAUGCCUUACAUUCAAUAACUGUGGUAGUGAGUGCUAUAGAAGCUUCAAUAUGUGGUAAUAAAAAAAUCUGUGUAUUCAUGAAAUCAAAUUCUUUCUUACGCUAUUUGACACAUUUUUGGGAAUUGUACCAGACAAGGAGUGAAUUCCUCCCUAUCUUUCCAAGAAUAAGAUCACUGAUCAUGAAAUUACAAGAAUAAUUACCUUUACUGUAAGGCAUUAAGAAGAUGAAUAACUUGAACUCCCGGUUUUUUUCAUUGUUACAUACUGUCAAUAUGCAUUUCCCCUUGAAUAAACAUUUCGACUGUAAUUAUUUUACCUAUUUUAAAGUAGGUGUUAUUUCUUUUGUAUACUUCAUUCCUCAAAUUGAUCAUGAAUGUAUUUUUUUGUUGUUGUUGCUUUUCUUCUUUAAGGAAUAUUAAGUGAUAAUCUAGAAUUUUGUUCUACUCACAACUCUUUACUUAGUUUGUGUGAUAGUAUCUGUUUGCCUGUGCUUAUGUUGACAUUUUGUUAACAAGUUUUUAAAGUCAAGCACAUAAUCUAUGUGAAACUCAUUUUUAGCUUUACAAAUCAGUAUGAUUUUUUUAACCUUUUUAUCAUAUUGUGCGAUG